UUGUGAUGGUUGAGAUGGUGAUUGAGAAAAAUGCUUGUUUGUGGAGACCAAGUACUGAUCUGCGGGUGAUUGGUGAUGCACUUCACGAGAGAAUCGUUUGGCCAGUAGACAAAGUAGACCCGAUAAUUGCUCCUUCAAUAAGAUCAUCACAUGUGAGUGCUAACAGCAACAACACCAGCAGUACUCAAUCUGGUCAGAAGAAGAAGUGCUACUUGAUAGAUUGCUCUAAACCGGGACAGAAGGUUGCAGAAGGCAGAGUUUGGUCAUCUAAUCCAACAGACACAGUGCAUCUUAAACCAUUGGGACCCAAUGCUAGCAAGGUAUCAGUUGACGUGCCACUAGUAGGAAAUGCGAAAGUGUGGAAACCAAGUUCAGAGAUUCAGACCAUUGAUGAUGCAUUAGGUAGUCUUGUGGCUUGGCCUAGUGAUAAACUUCUUUUUAUGUGAUGAUGUUGUGGUAGUAGAGAACAUUAGUGUGUGGAUGUUUGGAUGCUUGGCCUUAGUAGAGAAACUUGUUGUGUUCGGAUUAAUUAUGUUUGGAUUAAUGUUAUGUUUUGGAUUUU